GUCUCUGUGAAGAUAGGUUAUAAUGUUUACAAUCUAUUGUUCAACUCUAAUGUGACUGUACUUCUCUACCCGUUUCCACUUUCAAUAGAAUAUUAAACGCUUGAAUGAUGACCGAUGAACGGAAUUUUCGUUCGUCAUACUACGAAAAGGUUGGCUUUCGCAGCGUCGAAGAGAAAAAAUCUCUGGAGAUAUUAUUGAAAGAGCGCCCGUUUGACAAGACGAAAUUGAAACAAUUUUGUUUAAGAUUCACUGUACCUGCUAUGUAUAGAAACUUCUUGUGGAAAGUAUUGCUCGAUGUUUUGCCUGUUUAUGUAGAAAGCCAUGAAUUUAUAAUGGCUCAACGUACGGCGGAAUUUCAAGAUUUACAGAGAGCAUUAAAAAUUGCAAAAAUCACAGAUGAUUAUACAAAACCUCAUCUGAUAUUCUUAGCAAUGUGGUUGUUACGUACAAGAAGAGCAAAAGUUGAUAUAACUGCUCAGUUGGAAUCACCAAUAUACAGAGCAAUGAGUAAAAUGGCCGAGACACUAUGGCAUGUGAUUGAUAUUGAAUCGGAAUCAGAGAAACUAGUUGAUAUGUAUUGGAUAUUAUCUGGCCUUUUUAUGCAGGUUGAAAAAUUGCAAAAAGAAGUGGGAAGAUUACAAGAGUGUACAUAUUCUUUGUUGGAAAGAGAAGAUGUAGACUUAUAUAAGCACCUUGUUAAAAUUGAUGCGCUUUAUAAUCUUCCAUAUGACACAUGGUUUUAUUCAUGUUUCGCUGGUGUAAUAUGUAAUGGAUCUAUUGCUAAGAUAUGGGAUAAAAUAACAGUGGGCGCAUAUCGAAUCUUAGUAUUUGUUGUUGUAGUUACAUUAACCACCUUAAGGCGGCCACUCUUAAGAUGUGAAAGUAUAGAUAAUGUAUUGGAUACUAUUAAUAAUAUUCCACGAUUUUAUUUUAGAUAACAGAAGAAACAUCAGAAAUGAUAGUCAAUAAAGCAAUUGAAUCAAUGCAACAAAGUGGAACAACUCAACAAGUUGAUAUGUAUUUCACAAAACACAGUUAAUAUUUUAUACUAUAAUAAUAUAAAAAUAUAUUGUGUAAUUAUAUAUAUUGAAUUGUAUACACAACGGUUACUAUUGAUAUUGA